UUUAUUGAGCCCCUGCCAGCGGUGUGAACUUGUCCGCGUUGUAAGCUAGAAGGCGAACGAACCACAAAAUAAAUAAAACAAGAAAUAGAAGAGCCAAAGCAUGGAUUAAAAUAAUAAAUAAAUAAAUACAAAUAAACCCAAUUCAUUUGGCACCUUUCAACAAGUGAUUGCGAUUGUCGUCGCUGUGGGAUUUCAAAAUAAAAAUACCAACGAAUUUAGUUAUUAUGAAUGACCGGAAAAGAUAUCUGAUAAAAUAAAACCGAAUAAAAAAAUGAUGAAUUCUAGAAAAAGUUAUAAAUUCUGUGCAUUGUUGCUACAUCGGAAUUAUAAUGAAAUUAAAAUAAAACAAAAUUUAAUUGCCAAAUUAAUAGUGCUGCAACGCCGUUCACAGUGAAAAACAAAAUUGUAAUAGCCAAAAAAUUCAAUUCAUUAAUAAACGCAUGCAAGCAUUUGUCGGUUUAUCUAUGGUAUUGAAUUAAUUGCAUGGAAAAAUAACUUAGAAUUUCCUUUGGAAACUCGCAGCCACCUGAGGAUUACAACAAAAGGUGAUAAUUUGUUUAAGUGCCAUUUAAAUUUUUUGUGGGUAUCUGUGAUGUCCAAUUGCUAGUAUUGCAAUACGCAACUCUACCAAGAACCAAAAAUGAAUAUUAAAUCGCUCAGUAUGGGUAUUUUCUUGGCGUUUCUUUGCCUCUCAUCACUGGUAUGGGAUGCUGUCGAUGCCUACCAAAUAGGUUUGGGACGUGCUGAUUGUACAGGUCCAUCGGUGGAAAUAAAUUUCAUGGGUUAUGCCAACAUCAAACAGGUUGGUCGUGGCAUACAUCUGAGACAAUUUGCCCGCGCUUUUGUCGUUGAGGAUGAGAAUAAGAGGCGAGUUGCAUUUGUUUCCGUAGAUGCUGGUAUGAUGGGAUAUGGCGUUAAACGUGAGGUAAUUAAACGAUUACAAACACGCUAUGGAGAUAUUUAUCACAAUGAUAACGUCAUCAUUAGUGGCACCCAUACCCAUAGUGGCCCUGGAGGUUUUCUAAUGCAUCUGCUCUAUGAUAUUUCCAUAUUGGGUUUUGUGCCUCAGACUUUCGAGGCAUUGGCGAAUGGCAUUUAUUUGAGUAUCAAACGUGCCACUGAAAACAUGUUUGAGGGUAAAAUACAUCUCUCUCGCACCACUGUUCUAAAUGCCAACAUUAAUCGUUCGCCCAGCUCGUAUUUGCGUAAUCCUCCCGAGGAGAGAGCUCAAUAUGAACAUGAUGUCGAUAAGGAAUUGACACAGUUACGUUUUGUGGAUCGUGAAGAUAACAUCAUGGGAGCAUUCAAUUGGUACGCAGUGCAUCCCACAUCAAUGAACAACACCAACAAAUUGGUAUCCAGUGACAAUAUGGGUUAUGCUUCUUUGAUAUUGGAAAAGGAAUACAAUGCGAAUAAAGUUCCUGGCAAGGGCAAAUUUGUGGGUGCUUUCUGUUCUUCCAAUUUGGGUGAUGUUUCCCCAAAUAUUAUGGGUCCCAAAUGUUCACUUACUGGCAAUUCAUGUGAUAUUCUAAGUUCGAAAUGUCCUCCCAAUGAGGGUGAAUGUUUCGCUUCGGGUCCCGGCAAGGAUAUGUUUGAAAGUACCAAAAUUAUUGGUGAACGUUUGGCAGAGGGAGCUUUGCGCUUACUCAACGAAGCUAGUGAAGAGGAUAACAAUGGCCGUGAGGUAACCGGGGAAAUAGGUUGCAUUCACCAGUUUGUGGAUAUGCCCAAUUACAAUGGUACCACCUAUAAUCCUUUGACACGUAAAAUUGACAAAAUUCGUGGUUGCCAACCUGCCAUGGGCUAUAGUUUUGCUGCAGGCACCACCGAUGGUCCGGGGGCGUUUGGAUUUGAGCAAGGCACAGUAACCGAUAAUGCCAUGUGGAAUUUAGUGCGUGAUUUUAUAGUGCCUCCCACUCAGGAUGAUAUCUCAUGUCACUCGCCAAAACCAAUUUUGUUGGCCACAGGAAGGGCCACCUUCCCCUAUGAAUGGCAACCGAAAAUUGUACCCACCCAAGAAUGUCGCAUUGGUGAUUUGAUUCUAGCCGCCGUGCCUGGUGAAUUCACCACCAUGGCUGGCCGGCGUUUCCGCAACAAGAUUCGAGCUGUGGCCUCUGCCACUGGAGGCAUGGAUGUCGAUGUCAUUUUGGCUGGCCUUUCCAAUGUGUAUACCAGUUACAUUGUAACACCGGAAGAAUAUCAGGCACAGCGUUAUGAGGCAGCCUCAACAAUAUUCGGUCCCAAUACGCAUACCAUAUACAUGGAUGUCUUUGAACGCCUGACCAAGGCUUUGUUUAAGGAUGAUACUGUGGAGCCAGGACCCCAACCCCCAUAUAUGAAUGAUCGCAUGUUGUCCAUGAAUACCGGGGUCAUAUUUGAUGGCCAUCCUUUGGAUAAGGACUUUGGAUAUGUGAAACAACAGCCUUUGAAAUCUUACAAAAUCAAUGACACUGUGGUGGCUACCUUUGUGGCGGGAAAUCCCCGCAACAAUCUGUUGCACGAAAAGACCUUCUUGACGGUGGAGCGCAAAAUCAAUGAGGAAAGAUGGAAGGUGGUGCAUACCGAUGCCAGUUGGGAUACCAAAUUCAUUUGGGAACGCACUCACUUGAUUUUGGGCUUCAGCGAUGUCCAUAUCCAUUGGACCAUUGGCCCCAAUACCUUGCCUGGUGAAUACCGCAUUCACCAUUACGGCAACUACAAAUACAUUCUGGGUGGCAUCUUCCCCUAUGAGGGCCUGACCCAUUCCUUCACCGUAACCGAGGAUUAAAUCUAAGUGUGCAUGAACGUUGAACGUUUGGGAGCGGAGUUUUGUUAAUUUUGUUGUUUGGUCUAGUCAUAGACUGUCUUGCAUCAGGGUGUAAAUAGAUCUUAUUCCAUUAAACAAUAUGCCAUUCCAGUUUGGCCAUUUUCCCCCAUAUCACUAUUUGGUUUAUUAUAAAAACAAACAUUGUGUAUAUAAAAAAAAAUAUGUAUGUUGUAUGAAAUAUUUUCAAAAUUUUACGAUUAGCAUUUAGUGACAAAAAUUGUUAAAAAAAUCACACAUGACAAAGAAUUUUAUGUAUUUUAC